GCUCUUUCAUUCCCUCAUCCCCACCACUGCUACCUCCUUUCCUUUCUCCUCCCCCUCUCCUCUUUCUCUACACUGUCUCUUCAUUGCUAGUUGUUCACACCAACCAGCUCAAAGCCAAAAAGCUGCUCUGCCCCUCUCACACCGAUCGAGCUUAAAGCCUGAACUUGAAAGUUAUUGCUCAAGCCUAAAGCAAGCAACUUAAAACCAUUUAACCAAAGGAGAGGUGUCACAGAGAGGAGAAAAAAGGAGCUUCAUCAGCACCUUUGCACUGUCCUCAUCACAGUUGAAAGGUGUCCAAGCUUAUCCAGGAGUAUUGCAGAUCUGAAGAUUCCAGCUGUAGCCAUGACUCAAAGCAAUGGGGAAAAUCCCCAAAGGACCCGGAGUGGUCUCCACCAGAUCCGAGCUGGGAUCCAGAACCAAUCCCUGCUAGCAAAGAAAAGAGUGGAGAAUAUUACAAAGAAUGAUGUAAAGGGAUUCUUCAUCAGAAAUGCUUUUGUGAUUCUAACUGUUGCUGCUGUUAUUAUUGGCAUAAUCCUGGGAUUUGGUCUGCGUCGGUACAAAAUGUCUUACCGUGAAGUGAAGUUCUUCUCUUUUCCUGGAGAGCUGCUGAUGAGAAUGCUCCAGAUGCUGGUGCUGCCUUUGCUGGUCUCCAGUCUCAUCACAGGUAUAGCUGCUCUGGACAGUCGUGCCUCUGGUAAAAUGGGUAUGAGGGCAGUGGUUUACUACACCACCACAACUGUCAUCGCUGUCUUCAUCGGUAUUGUCAUGGUGCUCAUUAUUCACCCUGGAAAAGGAUCAAAAGAUGAAUUCACCAAGCAACAGCAGAUAGAGCAGGUCAGCGCUGCUGAUGCCUUUCUGGACCUUAUCAGAAACAUGUUCCCUCCUAACCUUGUAGAGGCUUGCACCAAACAGUUCAAGACACAGUAUGCCAAGAGAGUAGUUCAUGUGACAAUGACAGUGAACGACACAAUAUUCACACUGAACGGUAGCAAGGAGUUAACCAAGGAGGAGACGAUCCCAGUUCCUGGAUCAGUAAAUGGAAUUAAUGCACUCGGCCUGGUGGUGUUCUCCAUGUGCUUUGGUCUGAUCAUCGGAAACAUGAGGGAACAGGGACAACCCUUAAAAGACUUCUUUGACUGCCUCAAUGAAGCCAUCAUGAGGCUGGUUGCCAUUAUAAUGUGGUACGCCCCUAUUGGUAUUUUGUUCCUGAUCGCUGGUAAGAUUGUGGAGAUGGAGGACAUUUCAGUCAUGGGUGGCCAGUUGGGAAUGUAUACUGUGACAGUCAUUUGUGGUCUGUCCGUUCACUUCUUCUUUGUCCUGCCAACACUCUACUUCGUCAUAACCAGGAAGAACCCUUUUGUUUUCAUUGCUGGGCUGCUGCAGGCACUCAUCACUGCCCUGGGAACAUCUUCUAGUUCUGCCACAUUGCCCAUUACUUUUAAAUGUUUAGAGGAAAACAACAAGGUUGACAAACGUGUGACCCGUUUCGUGCUGCCUGUUGGUGCCACUAUAAACAUGGAUGGCACAGCUCUGUAUGAAGCCCUGGCAGCCAUCUUUAUUGCUCAGGUCAAUGAUUAUAACCUUAACUUUGGGCAGAUUCUCACCAUCAGUGUUACAGCAACAGCAGCCAGUAUUGGAGCAGCUGGUAUACCUCAGGCAGGGCUGGUCACCAUGGUGAUAGUGCUAACGUCUGUAGGCCUGCCCACGGAUGACAUCUCCCUGAUCAUUGCUGUUGAUUGGUUCCUGGACCGAUUGCGCACAACCACCAAUGUCCUCGGAGACUCAAUUGGAGCAGGUAUUGUUGAACACCUGUCUCGCCAUGAACUGGAGAAGAAGGACCCAGAGGUGGGCAACUCAGUGGUGGAAGAGGCAGACAAUAAGCCUUACCGGCUCAUCUCCCAGGAGAACGAGUAUGAAAAUGAGAGGCCUGUGGACAGUGAGACCAAGAUGUAGGGACGAAGCUUUUGUUCAUGGCUGAAUACAUCCUUGGGAAACUUAUUGCUCUGAACUGAACCACAUUCUCAGUUAGGCCUUUUUGGGUUUUCAGAGCUCCAUCUCCCAAGGAAGGAGGAUUUAAAUUAAAUUAAAUCUAAAGCUAAACAUAUCUCAGCCAAGCGAAUUCCACAAAAUGUUUGAGGCUCCCCUUUACACUGCAGACUGGAAAUUGGUCAUGGGAGCAUUGAUUUUCUAAGUGUUUGUGCUAUGAUGCUUCCUGGGAUGCAUAACUGCCAUAAAGUGGCAGCUGUUUACUAUUAAAGACUAAAUUACAAAGAAGUGGGCUGAGGUCUGCAUUUUAUAUCCAACUCCCCAUGUAACUGUGUGGACUAAUGCCACCCACUAGAGGCCAGUAUUGCUGUGUGUGAACACCACAGCAGAAGAG